AUGGUCGUAAGGUCAAGUCUGCGUAUCUCACCUCCUCUGCCAUUCCUGCCCAUCGGAGGCAUAACCAGAGAUUCCUUGAAUGGAGCAGGGUCUCGCCUGGAUCAAGAGCAGGCUGCCUUGGCUGCGGUCACCUCCUCCACCUCUGGCGCCUUGUCCAAGCAGUGGCCUGGGGCCUCUUCCUGGCCAUCCUGGAACAUCACGGACGCUCCGGAGGACCCCUUCAGCAUCGAAAGAGAAGCCAGGCUCCACAAGCAAGCAGCAGCUGUGAAUGAGGCAACCUGCACUUGGAGUGGGCAGCUCCCACCUAGAAACUACAAAAACCCUGUUUACUCCUGCAAGGUGUUUUUAGGAGGUGUUCCCUGGGACAUCACAGAAG